UAUAGGUCAGCUGUUAUAGGUCAGCUACUUGUGUCUUCUUUAUAAAGACAUAUAUAACAACUACACCUGCUGCUUCGUGUUUUUAGCCGCCUUUUAAUUAGGUUGUGAGUUUCUUCUGAGUUAUGCCGAGAUAUGAUGGCUUGAGUACUUCUUCGUUUCAAGAAAAGAACAUUCAAAGUUGGUAAUGGUUUUCGCUAGCUAAUUUUGAAGAAAGAUAUAUAGUUGGCGAAUUAACCUCGAUGCGCAUGCUGGGUUUCUGAAAUGAAUUUUGAGAGAUGUAUUCAGAAAGAAUAUGGUGAGUAAUGAUCAUUUUAAUUUGGUGUUUCAACCCGGAUUCUGGUAAUGGCAAUCGUCCUAUCUGUGAUACUGCUUUUUGGGGGUGUGGUGCUCCUGGUUCUAAUCCAUGUUUGCAUUGUUGGGAGGGCGUUUAGUAGAGGAUUCCCCGAAGGAACUCAUGUGGUUGAGAGGAUCAGCAGCACUGGAAGCACAAGCAUGUCCCGGGACGACAUAAACAAACUUCCUUGCUAUGAUUACAUAGCCGAAGAUGUGACAAGGAGCCCUGUGGAUUGUGCAGUUUGCUUGGAGAAUUUCAAGAUGGGUGAAAAGUGCAGGUUGUUGCCGAUAUGCAAGCACAGUUUCCAUGCCCAGUGCGUGGACGCAUGGCUUAUGAAAACGCCCAUCUGUCCAAUUUGUAGAACCUGUGCUGACUCUUGGAAGGGCGGUUCUGUUUCAGGUGAAGAAAGUAGAUGUUUCAGCGAUCUCAGUAUUGAGUUGAGAGGGAGCCAAACAACAGGAAGUAGUCACCUCAGUGAUAUUCGGAUUGAGUUAAGCGAGAGCCUGACAAUAGAAAGUGACCGUCAUAUAAGUGACAUUGGCACAGAAAUACUCGGAGAAAACAAGACAGUGGGAAGCAGCCAUUUGGAUAAUGCUGGGACUGAAUCAGGAGAGAACCAAGCAAAUAUAGAUUUUCUGUUUGGUCCUUAGAAGACUCCUAUGCUUGAUACAGGCCGUGACUAAAGAUGAACCGUAAAGGUGAAUGAUUACAAGGAAGGAGAAGGUGAAAUUGGGGAGAAGAGAAGAGAAG